CUACCAUCUUCGUCGUCUCGUUCAAACCGUCAAGCCCUCGUUUUGAAUGCCACAAGAUUUGAACUUCGACCGAUGUCAUACCUUCGCACGCAAUUUCUUUUCCGCCCCACCGUGCCCUUGACGCCGAUUGCUUGUAUGAUAUCGAAUGUGCAUCCGUUGCCUUUCCUCUUCUUGCAUCAAGGCGAAAAUAUGGCUCGUAUACCUAUCAAGACACGAAUGAAAUAUUUUCCGUCCUAUGGCGGAUAUAUGCAUAUCGAGAGCACACUCUGUCAUCCGCAAACUAGCCGACAACCUUGCAUGUUACCAAAAGAAAUCCGCUUAUCAUCAACACGCCUCACCAUCAUAAGAACAAGGAGGGGUAUCUCUUUUGUAACAAAGUGCUUUGGGAGCGGGACCUCCCGCGUAUCGCUUAUUCCUCUGGCCUGGUCUCCCGGUCUGGCGCUUCUGUUCUUUCUCGGAGGAUGAUUCGCCUGGGGUUGACCAGAGAAAUAUCUGCAUCAGAGUAGCUGCUGUCUCUCAAGUGAAAUGGACGCGCCGGCAUUUGAGGCGCCCCAGUUGGUCACUUUUUUUGUCUCUAAGUCCGAUCUCCUUCGUGUUUAAUUUGCAUGAAACUUCGGCAUGUAUUUUUAUCAAUCCAAUUCCGAUGUAGCCCAUGGCCGUCUGCAAGCCCGCCUAUACUAUAAAAAUUACGCAGCCAGCAUAAUCCUUGUAAAUCUGUUUGUGAUUUUCUGCAAAACCUAGAGGGUCGCGACAAAGGAAAAGAACUGCCCCUUUCCAUUCGAGGAAAUUCCAAACAUUCCUUUACAAGUUUCUCUUGGAAAGCAAUCAUUCAUCUGCGCUUAGCACCAUGACGGUUAUAUAUUUAAGCCAUAUGGCCUUAACAGUCCGUUGUGUGUGUGCCCCCCAUCAAUGGCUCGCUCUACGCCUGCAAAGCAACAAUCAGGCGCCAGUGUGUCUAGUGCGAUAUGCGACCUGUGCGGUGCUUCGAUAAAACGAACCUCGGACCUGCCGCGACAUAUGCUAUUGCAUGCAGAGAACAAAGAGAAAUUGUCAGCUCUGAACCCCAUUCUCAGCCUGGACUUCUAAUGGCCAUCUGUUUUUAGCAUGUUUGUGUGUCCGGUCGAGGGAUGCAACCACCAGACUCUGCAAAAGUCUAAUCUUGCCACACAUAUCCGAACACAUACACGAUCGAAGCCAUUCAAAUGCCCCGAGUUCGUCAGCGGGCCAACCGGUCCCAAAUGCGAUUUCGCCACCGCAGAUCCAUCUUCCUUGCACCGCCAUCGAAAGCGAAAGCACGGAUACAAGUCGCAGCCAUCCGGGCUUCAUUCCCCUCCGACACCGAGCACCAGCACCCGCGAGCAGUCAGUCGAGUCGGAUGGGAUGUCGGUGGAGUCGGAAGAGUCGUUCGGUCUGCGUCCUGUUGCAUCGGAGGACAACCCACCCCUCGAAGUUGAAGACGGGACCGAAUAUACACGCGCUCGGUCUAGAUCUGCCGACGAUGAUCCUCCGCGAACCCCGUCUAUUAUACCCCUAGAUUCUGUAGAGAGCACGACAUCAACGUCUAGCCAUGAUCCCUACUUGCCGUGCCGCCAGCCUCGUGGUUGUCAGUGCUCAACAUAUCACCGUUCUCUCGGCGGCAUGGCCACUCAUCGUCGCUGCGACCCCAAAAUCUGCUUCCGUGAUCGCGAUCUGUCAAAACGAAACCGGGGAGCGGUGUUGUUCCGGGGGGUCGUCGACUACUGAUACACGCACGGGGCCCACACUUAUUAUACAGCCAUGACCAUUGAAACAAAAGUAAGAGUGCGAUGUCGAUAGAAGGUGGUCAGAUACGCGUUGUCGGCUUUCCGGCUCUGCUCGGUGACAACCCUCUCCAAGGAGCUAACGAAAUUGUCUAUGCCCCCCAUGUAGCCUGUGAUAUGGCCGCCCGCACAGAGGGCGGCGAGGACCUGCAUCACCCACGUCCUACAUGUGAUUCCGUUCCGUCGAUUCUCGUGGACGGUCGCGAAGCUGCUCGCGAAAGUCGACGAGCAGAUGUCGUAAAAGACGUGCGCGGGAGGCGUCGCGUAGCCGACAAUCUUGUAGUACCCGAGGACGACGCGGCCAGUCAAAGAUUUGGGCUGUAUCCGCUGGAAUCCAUAUCCUUCGGCGCACCCAGGCUUAGUGUCUGGUUGCUCGUGCCAAUGAUGGCGGAUGGCCGUGCAGUCGGCAUCGGUCGCGAUCAGGGCCCAGUGAAACUUGCUCUCGGUGAGUUGGGUUGUGCUGAUGUAGAGUGAGCUGGGCUCGAGGAGGACAGAACGCGACAUCGGGAGCAUGUCCUUGAGUUAUGGUGUCAAUGGGCGUCAGGGAUAGGACGGGGAGUGGUGUGGUCGGCGUUGAAGGGUCUCCCUAAUGGAGUGGGAUGGGGGAUGGCAUAAGACUACCGAAAAGGUGUGGAUGUCUGCAGCAGAGCGGGCUCCAAAGUUUAAAUCUGACGGCGCGAUUUGCCGGACGGCUUCAAACAAUAAGCCCCCUUGUAUCCGAAGGAUCAAGAACUUGAAGAAGCAAGGCUGCUUGGUGCUGCUUGCUCACGACCGUGAGGUGAUCAAUGAUCUCUCGAGGAGCAAGUCCUUACGCUCCAAGCUCCCAGUUCAACUAACACAUUCUCCGGGAGAAUGGCAACCAGACAGGACAUUGCAGGACUCAACCAGAGGCAAGGGCUCUUCGAGCACCCUUAGUGCCUCUCUGUUGACCGAAGAUGCUGUCAGACUAUUCGAUGUUCUCAAGAAGAAAUUCGCUGAUACGCAAUACUAUGUCGCUGCGACGAAGAAAUUCGGGUCCUGGCUCAACUGCGACAAGGCUUAUUACUUUGAGGCGCGGCCGGAAAUAGUCAAUAUCCUAUUGAUUACGCAACGAACCCUGGGAGAAAUCAAGAAAAGCUCGCCGGCAGAAUUUCCAAAAUAUGCACAGGCGUACACCAGUCUCAUCACAAUUCUUGCUCAGUUCACGUCUCUGUUCGUCGAACCCGAACUCCAGCAAACCGUUCAGACCUUGGUGCGGAACGCCAAGCGCCUCGAGCUGAGCCUUUCGCAAGAGGCUCCCACUCCACAGCAGUCGUCACAUGACGUGAGCCCGAAUACCGCUCAGAUGCAGCAAGUCCGGUCCAACUCGUCUUCGCUAGCGUCCGCGCUCACAUCGGCCAUCCCCACUGUGGCUGGUUCUAGUACCGCGAUGCCAUCCGAGCCGUCUUCUCUGUCCGCCUCUGUCUCUAUUCCAACGGCCACCGCCUCCGAUGUGGGUCCAAGCACACCAGCAUCGACCGUCGCGCCGUCCCCGACCACUCCUUCAGCACAGGCUGGGCCGUCCAAGUCGGCCGUCAAGACCGAGCCCAGGAGGAAGAAGAAGAAGCCCGAUCUCUCUCGAUUCGUGCAGGGUGAAGUCGAAAAACGGAAGCAGGAGAUGGAGAUCAGCAAGGCCAAAGAGAAAGCUGAGUUGGGCGAGGGCACGCUUGCAGCCCCGAUCCAAGUGGCUGACGAAGAAGACUCGGCGCCUAUGCCCAUCAAGGUGGAGCAGCCUGCAGUAGAGUCUCUCGCUCCUGUCGAAGAUAAAACCUUGAUUGCACCUGCAACUCUCACCGCGCCAACCGUCCUGGAGCUGGCUUCCCAGGCCCAGAUCUCAAGGAGCUCCAAUCUGCAAGUUGAUCUGCCUCCGGCGCCCGCAGAGCCCUAUGUUGGAAUCGAACAGGCGCCCGGUGUGGCUGAAGCGCCUUCUGUUCAACCUCAAGCGCCGUCUGUUGAAACUGAAGCGCCGUCUGUUGGAGAUGAAGCGCCGUCUAUCGCAGUUGUUCAAGCGCCUGCUGUGGUGGUUCAAAAACCAUCUUCCGCGGCUGGACAACUCUUCGUAGCUGCAGACCCUCGCAUCUUGUCUCCUGCGAUAGAACCUGCUCUGACUUUGACGCUUGACCAGCCACUGGCUAUGACCUCUCCAGCAGAUGAGAUGGUACCCGAGGCACCUGGUCACAUCGCAGACCCUCUCCGGAAAGCGGUGGACCCAGUCUCAGACUCCAACCCUGGCCUUCGCAUGGACUACGACAACGAUGUCGACAUGGAAAUCGACUUGCACGACGCUGAAAUGACAGGACCUACUGAACCGCCGAUUGAACCUCCGCUCUCUGCGCGGGCUGUGAGCGAGUCGGAAGCGAUUGCGGCAGAAGCAGCACACCUGCGCAAGUUGCUGGGCGACUCUCUGGAUGACAUACCCUCUGCUGUGCAAAGCAUCGUGCAUUCUCUAAUUAAUGGGGCCAACGAGCGUCUUGCGAAUCCAGACAGAAACCCACCACUCCCUGAGGCGAGCGCGACAUUGGAUGCCCAGUUUUCGAAAAAGACGGGGAUCCACCAAGGAUUUGUGUUGGCUCGACAUCACCCUUCGUCGAAGGGCCAGAUCAAGAUCGAAGUGCCGAUCAACUCGAUGCAAGCAGUGUCGUUGAACAAGUGGAACCGGCGAUCCACGAACCCGGGUGAAGUCGACGAGGCACUCUGCAUCAGCCUGCUCUGUUUCCUCGCGUCUGAGGUCAACUCCAAGCUGGAACAAGCGCAGUCGACCGAUAUGAUGCGGAUCCUUCCCGAGCUGGAGUGUUCUUGGCCGGAUAAUGGGGAAAUGGAUUUGGAUGCCGUAUGGGAAGGCCAAGUCACGACUUUUCCGCUGUCUCCGCCAUUUGCUUUGCCCCCGGACGGACUGUUUGACGUGUCGCCUUUUCUUUCAGAGGGCGCGAACACGCUGAUCAUCCGGUUCCGCGAUGUCUCCAAGUAUUCGGUCGUCUUGUGCGCUCAUCGGCCGACCGAAGCGCAGCGAUCCGUAGUCGCGAAACAGCAGGACUGGAAGAAAUGGCUGCACGGCAUCUCUGGGCCAGUGGAGCUUCCGUUCAGAGUUCCGAUCAACAUUCCCUGAGUCCAUUAUUCACUAGGGGACAGU